AAAAGAAAAAUUUGGCAGUGUUCCUUCCAGCUCCAUUAGUAUUAAUUUUGGCAGUAGCCCUUCCGGCAAGCAAACCCCCCGACACAGAGAAAAAAACACCGAUCAGAUUCUUUCUUCAACCCACUCCAUCUUCAUCUUCAAUCGACAACCAUGGUGCUCGAGGCAACAAUGAUCUGCAUCGACAACUCCGAAUGGAUGCGAAACGGAGAUUAUUCUCCCUCCCGGUUUCAGGCCCAAGCUGACGCCGUUAAUCUCAUCUGUGGUGCUAAAACCCAGUCUAAUCCAGAGAAUACAGUGGGGGUGCUGACAAUGGCGGGCAAAGGGGUUCGAGUAUUGGUGACUCCAACCAGCGAUCUCGGAAAGAUCUUAGCUUGCAUGCACGGUCUAGAAAUAGGUGGUGAAAUGAACUUGGCAGCAGGUAUCCAAGUAGCACAGUUGGCUCUGAAGCAUCGACAGAACAAGAAACAGCAACAAAGGAUUAUUGUAUUUGCUGGAAGUCCUGUUAAGUUUGAUAAGAAGGUACUAGAGAUGAUUGGGAGGAAAUUGAAAAAGAAUAGUGUUGCUCUUGAUGUUGUUAACUUUGGUGAAGAAGAUGAGGCUAAGACAGAGAAGCUCGAAGCUCUUGUUGCUGCAGUCAACAACAAUGACAGCAGUCAUAUUGUUCAUGUUCCUCCUGGUCCUAGUGCUCUUUCUGAUGUGCUCAUAAGUACUCCGAUCUUUACUGGUGAUGGAGAGGGUGGAAGUGGAUUUGCGGCUGCAGCAGCUGCAGCUGCAGCUGGUGGAGCUGGCUUUGAAUUUGGAGUUGAUCCUAACCUGGAUCCUGAACUUGCUCUUGCUCUCCGAGUUUCAAUGGAAGAGGAGAGGGCAAGGCAAGAAGCAGCUGCAAAGAAGGCUGCAGAAGAAGCAGCAAAACAAGAAAAAGGAGAACAAUCCACAUCCCAAGAUGUUAAUAUGACUGACACAGCUAAAGCUGGAACCUCUGAAUCUGAAAAUAAGGCAACUGAUCUUACGGAUGAUGAGAAUGCCUUGUUGCAGCAGGCACUUGCGAUGUCUAUGGAUGAUUCCUCCUCUAAUAUUGCUACACGGGACACUGACAUGCCAGAAGCAGCUGGUGAUGAUCAAGAUUUGGCUCUUGCCCUUCAGUUGUCUGUGCAGGACAGCAUGAAAGAUGAGUCAUCACCAGCAGAUAUGAGCAAGCUACUGGCUGACCAGUCAUUUGUGUCAUCCAUCCUAGCUUCACUUCCUGGAGUUGAUCCAAAUGAUCCAUCAGUGAAAGAUUUGCUUGCGUCCAUGCAAAAUCAGUCUGAGCACAAAAAGGAUGAAGACAAGGAACCAAAAGAGGAGGAUAAGAAAUAAUGAUGCAAAAAUUUGCUAAUCACUAUCUAGUUUCUCUUAAGAAUCCGUCCUUCAGGGGGUCUCAAACAUUGCAUGUGGUCAAAAAUGAUUUCAAGAAUAGUGAAGAUAUUCCGUUAUUUGUUGGGACAGAAAUGUAGAAAGGAUGAUGAUCUUGUAUGCAUGAGGAAUUGGCUGUUAUCUCUAGACUGAUCUAGCUCAUCGACUUUUAACAUUUUCUUCUUUUGGUUCCCUGGUCUUUCAGAACAUUUUUCAGUUAAAUUAUUGGUGUAGCUUCUGAAUGAAUAUGUUUUCUCGCGCUAUAUUUUCCAGCUUUUUGCUGGAUUAUUACUCCAACAAGUGGAUGCAUCUCCGAGACUCUAUGUUAA